GCAGAGGGCGGGACUGGAGGGAAAGUCGGUGGGCGGGGCGUGAGCUUCCCAGUCCUUCACGUUCCUGCGACCUCUGCGGAGUGACAGCCGCACAGAGGAGAGCAAUGGGUUUGCUCUCAGAGUUGAAGUUGGCUGUGCCCUGGGGCCACAUUGCUGUCAAAGCCUGGGGCUCCCAGAAGAACCCCCCAGUUCUCUGCCUGCAUGGCUGGCUGGACAACGCCAACUCCUUCGACAGGCUCAUCCCUCUUCUUUCACAAGACUACUAUUAUGUGGCCAUGGAUUUCGGUGGUCAUGGGCUCUCGUCCCAUUACAACCCAGGUCUCCCAUAUUACCACCAAAAUUUUGUGAGUGAGGUCCGAAGGGUGGCAACAGCCUUUAAAUGGACUCGGUUCUCCCUCCUGGGCCACAGUUUUGGUGGCACUGUGGGCGGCAUGUUUGCCUGCAUCUUCCCGGAGCUGGUGGACAAACUUAUCUUGCUCGACUCAACGCCAUUUCUCCUGGACUCUAAUGAAACGGAAAACAUAUUGACCUACAAGCGGCGAAACAUAGAGCACACGCUGCAGGUGGAGGCCUCCCAGAAGUCCCCGAGAGUGCUCAGCCCAGAAGAGAUGUUACAGGGGUUCCUGAGUAACAACAGCCAUGUGAAGAAAGAGUGUGGGGAACUCCUCCUGCAGAGAGGAGCCACGAAGGUGGCCACAGGUCUGGUGCUGAACAGGGACCGGAGGAUCUCCUUGCCAGAGAACAGCUUUGAAUUCAUGAGCAGGGAGCUGUUCGUGCACUCUACCAGGAGCCUGCAGGCCAACGUGCUGCUCAUCAAAGCGAUGUCCGGGUACUAUGACGUGAGACGAACGAAUGAUGACAACAAGGAGCCCGUGGUCUUCAUGGUGGACACACUGAAAACCAUCCUGAGAGAGCGGUUCCAGUUUGUAGAAGUCCCAGGCAACCACUAUGUCCACCUGAACGAGCCCCACCUUGUGGCUGGAGCCAUCAACUCCUUCCUACAGAGUCAAUCCAGGAUGACCCACUCGAGGCUCUAGCUCUGGACCAG